AUGGCAAGCUUCCAAGACCUGCCUAAUGAACUGUUGACAGAAAUCAUUGGCCAGUUAGCAGUCAUCACGCUACCUCAGCUGCGUAGACGGGCAACAGCAGAUUCUGGAUUCUCGCAAUUGUGCAACUCCAAUAACGCGACUUUAUUGAGCAUCUUGAGAUCCAAGGAAACAACCAUCCCAUCACUUUUGCAAGAGCGGUCAACACAGCUUAUGGCCAAACUGUACUUACCAACAUCGCCAGCCGGAUCCUUCAUAUAA